AUGGGUUUAAGCUCCAAGGUGCAUCCGGUUGCGCUGGAAAAACCACAGCUUGUUGUUGUUGCUGUGGAUACUUUUGAUCGGGCCAUUCAAGCUGCUGGAGACUACUGGAACCGCCUCCAAGUUGGUCACAGGGGACGAUACUCAGUUCAACGUCUUCUCUCAUUGCGAGACUAUUGCGAGCGCACAUCCCCAAUACGCGUUUUCUUGGUGUGUACAAUGUCACUCGUCCCAUCGUUCAUUAUGGCCAUGUUGGUGGAAUGUAUUCCUCUUAAACCUCCAGACGAGGGAUGGAAAGCAAACUACGCGUUUUGGAUCAGACUGUACGUGUCGUCUUUACCAACAGCCUUUGGAGCUGUAUUUCAAGUCAAAGAAGUGAUUGAGCCUGGGGUGAUCUCUAGAACGGGUGUCCUGAUCACUGGCAUCGGCUCGUGCACCUGCUACGUGGCCUUGACAAUGUUAAUUGCAGUUGUGUGGAAGUUUCCCAUCCCAUUCGGCUACGUGCUGACUGUGGCUCCAUUUGUUUUUUUCUACAUGGUUUUCUUCAUCUUAAGUAUCGGACCUGGCGUUCUACGUAAGUCUCCAAAGUUGCGGCAUCAACUCAAAUCUCAGAUGACGGUAAUUGCAGCUCAAGGUGUUCUUGCCAUUGCGUAUCCCACUUUCAGUGCCGUUUUCAACCAGCUUUCCGCGACUCAGCAGUCGAUCUUCAUUUUUGUGCUGCCACUGAUCAAAUUUGUAGUGAAACAAGUGAUCGCCAAGGCGUCAGCUCACCUCCGAGAAUGUGUUGGAUUGAUCGUCGUGUUUUCCGUGGAUGUGUGCAAUGUCUUGUACGUUGUCGUUUGUAUGCAGACUGCCAUCUCUCCAGUAACUACGACGGUGAUGAUCACCUCGGAUGCCUUUUUCGUGAUAUUAGCGCUUCGAUCUAUCUACUAUCAACUAGAUUCCACCCAAGGACGACUGCAGUCUAUGAAUUCAUCCAAAGUGAACUAUCUGGACGACUUGCUGGUGCUAAUGCGAGACAUCUUUCGAGAGACGAAUGGAACACCUGUACCAAUUCGAGUCUGCGCUCCGCUUGCAUUACCGAUGUCAAUCGAAAGCACGAGAUAUCUGAACGAUAUUCUGAAAUCUAGAAGAAGAAAUGCCCACGAUGUGGAGUCUUUCACUUUUUUACCGAUCGCACCAACAGCUACGACUAGUACACAGUCCAUGCGGUGUUCUUUAGAUCGACAACAUGAUCAAGGAGAGCUGGACUGGGCAGUUCUUAAUGCAACAUUAGCACAAGUCACUACCACCAACAGUCAACGCGUACUCCCUGCUCGACAUUCAACGGACAAAUUAGUGUCAGGACCUCAGCUACCAAUGACCGUACCAAGUAGAACGUCAACUCAGCGAACCGAGCCUCGAUCCAAGCGCCGUAUAACUGUUACCUCAUCAGGACAAGACACUUCAGUACAAGACGUUCAAAACGCUCUACAGACGCUCUUUCACUCCGAAUAUGUCGUCAUGGGCGAGUACAUUGAGUGCGCCAUCCCAGUCUUGUAUUCGGUGUAUCUUACGUUCCUGUACCAUCUCCCGACAGCGGCAUAUUACCCGCAUACACGCUGUUUAACCCCAGAAAAGUUUGCAAGAGCUGUGAUGAACCUCCUUCUUUACUCGUUAGUAGAGUUCGCGUCGUUUACCGGCCUAUCAAUUGUACUGAGGCGCAAGUUUGGGUUCUCACCGUUGUACCAACUUGCGUUUGUGCUCGAGACUCAAGUAGCCACGCUACAAGGCCAUCUCUUCCUGUGGAUUUCGGUCAUUUUGCAGAUGACUCUGGUACAUAAUGGCGUGGAUCUGGAGGCUCCGUUCAAAUAA